UUUUUCUUUCUCUUUCUCUGUCUCUGUUUCUCUCUCUGUUGGAGAAACUUGUUCACUCUUCUCAGACCUACUCUCUCUCUCUCUCUCUCCGUUUUUGACAUCGUGUGUGGCUGUGUGUUCCGAGGUAAUAAUAACAAGGGAAAAUGGGUAUCAUUGAGAAGAUCAAAGAAAUUGAAGCCGAGAUGGCUCGGACCCAGAAAAACAAAGCCACAGAGUAUCAUCUUGGGCAGCUCAAAGCGAAGAUAGCAAAACUAAGGACACAAUUAUUGGAGCCACCAAAAGGUUCUAGUGGAGGUGGAGAUGGAUUUGAAGUUACGAAAUUUGGCCAUGGACGUGUUGCACUUAUUGGAUUUCCAAGUGUGGGGAAGUCAACUCUUUUGACAAUGUUAACGGGCACACAUUCAGAAGCUGCAUCUUAUGAAUUCACAACUCUGACCUGCAUUCCUGGGAUUAUACAUUAUAAUGAUACUAAAAUUCAGUUGCUUGAUCUUCCUGGAAUUAUUGAGGGUGCUUCUGAAGGAAAGGGACGUGGGAGACAGGUUAUUGCUGUUUCCAAGUCUUCAGAUAUAGUAUUGAUGGUUCUUGAUGCCUCCAAAAGUGAGGGUCAUAGACAAAUAUUGACUAAGGAGCUGGAAGCUGUGGGCUUGCGGUUAAACAAGAGACCACCUCAGAUAUAUUUUAAAAAGAAAAAGACCGGGGGCAUUUCAUUCAACAGCACUUUGCCUUUGACUCAUGUGGAUGAGAAGCUUUGUUAUCAGAUUCUACAUGAGUACAAAAUUCACAAUGCUGAGGUCCUUUUCCGUGAGGAUGCCACAGUGGAUGAUCUCAUAGAUGUCAUUGAAGGAAACCGUAAAUACAUGAAGUGUGUAUAUGUCUACAACAAGAUAGAUGUUGUUGGUAUUGAUGAUGUGGACAGAUUAGCCCGGCAACCUAAUUCUGUUGUCAUUAGCUGCAAUUUGAAGCUGAACUUAGACAGACUGCUUGCGAGGAUGUGGGAUGAAAUGGGUCUGGUUAGAGUUUACACAAAACCACAAGGCCAGCAGCCUGAUUUCAGUGAUCCUGUGGUUCUUUCUGCUGAUAGAGGUGGCUGCACUGUUGAAGACUUCUGCAACCAUAUACACAGAAGUUUGGUGAAGGAAGUGAAGUAUGUUCUGGUCUGGGGUACAAGUGCAAGGCACUACCCACAACAUUGUGGCCUUGGUCAUCCUCUUCGUGAUGAGGAUGUGGUUCAGAUUGUUAAGAAAAAGGAAAAAGAAGGGGAAGGAAGGGGUCGAUUUAAGUCACAUUCCACAGCUCCUGCUCGGAUAUCUGACAGAGAGAAGAAGGCCCCACUCAAGACAUAAUUUUGACAUUACCAAUAAUUUCAUUGAUUUGCCUGGUGGAUUGUGGAUGGGAAAUAUGACUACAUCCUGAUCACAUAUCCAAAAGUAGAGGUCUUUUUUGUGAUAGCACUUGCAAUUUGAAAAUUCCUUAAGUGGGGCACCUAUGUUUUCGUCACCCAUGUGUUGUAAUUUUUUCCUCCUUUUAAUAAUAGCUUUUAUUAAUCAUUAAGUCUGCAUCUAUGACAUGGAAAGAAAUAGAAAGUAAAGGAAACAUGCACUGCAAAAUUUACUUGGUUCAUUGUUUUCCU